AUGGUCCUUCUGAAAAGUUAUUUAGAACUAAGAUCUACGAGGAGAGAAUUGAAACAAAUUUAUCUUCUGUAAAUUGGGAAGGUUUAACUGCUAUUAAAGAUUAAGGUUAUUGUAGAGCUGCUUGGGCUUUUGCAGCAAUAGGAGCAGUAGAAUCAAUUUUAAGAAUUAUAGUAUCACUAAUUAAGACCUUUUAGAAUAAUAAUUAAUAGAUUGCGAUUUAGAAUCUUAAGGUUGUGAAGAUGUUAACUUAGAUAAUUCAUUAAAUAGGGUUUUUAAGAAUGGUGUAACAACAGCCACAAAUUACCCUUAUACUUCAAAAACUGAAGCAUGUAAAAGGUAAACAGGUUAAUUCAAAAUUAAGGGAUAUUAAAAAGUUGAUCCUAAUUAAAUUUAAUCUGCAAUUAUUAAGUCUCCAAUUGCUGCAUCUGUUGAUGGAUCAAGUUGGACAUUCUAUAACUCAGGUGUUUUUAAUAGAUGUACUUUUGAAGAAUUAAACCAUGAUGUUUGA